AGUUCACAACAAAAAAAUUAUGUUCUCCACAAUUUUUAAGAUUUAAUCGAAAAGGAGACCUUUUUUAAUAUAAUUAAAUAGUGUAUUUGUUAAAUCUGAUAUUUAUUCAUUUAUCUAGUGACGAGUUUAUUCAAUUAACUGUGAAAUGUUACAGAAAAUCCAUUGUUUUAAAAUUUUAGUUGCGUUUUGUCUAAGUUUAUGUAUAUUUGAAAGUGUUGUUUUAACAGAAUCAACAAUAAAUGAACAGAUAGCUCCAUUGAAUGAUAGUAGUAAGCAACAAGUGACAACGUCAUCGAGUAUCACAACCACAAAAGUACCUGAAAGUAAUGUCGUACCGCUUAAACCAUCACAGAAUGUGACACCUGCAAGUGCGUCAUCUCUGUCGCCUGAAAUUAAAAUUUCAAACAUUACUGGAAAUUUCUCCGAUAGUGCUGAAAAUGGACCAGAGAUUCAAUGGACUGAUGUCGAUAUAACAGACGAAGAGCGAAAUAAAACGUUAUUAAAUAAUGAUAUUAAGGAUAUACAAGAAGAUACACACGAAUACUACAACAGCACGGUUAUUCAAAAUGAAAAUUUUACAAAUCUUCAUCGGCAAAGUAUAUACGCAGAUUGUGCAAAUCUUACCAUAAAUAAGCUUCUGUCAAAGAGUCAUCGACGAGCAAUGACUGUAAAGUUACCAUUUGAAUUUCAAUUCUAUGGACAUCCUAUAAACAAUAUAACAAUUGCAACGGGAGGCUUUUUGUAUGCAGGUGACUACAUUCAUAGUUGGCUCGCAGCAACGCAGUAUAUUUCGCCUUUAAUGGCUAACUUUGACCCCAGCUUGUCAAAUGAUUCAUACGUAAAAUAUUGCGAAGACGACAAAGCUUUUCAUGUAUAUUGGGAGAGAGUUUAUCUACAAAACAAACAAGACGUCGGACCUUUCACAUUUAGUGCCUCGUUAUAUCAGGAUGGUGACAUUGUUUUUGCUUACUAUUUCCUGCCAAUACCUGUUACACAAAUAGAAGAUGAUAAGCAUCCAGUAAAAGUAGGCGUAAGCGAUGCAUAUAUUAUCGAUAAGACCGUCUUUCAAGCACGAAGGAAGACAAUAUUUGAAUAUCAUCGAGUCAACUUUCCCGGACCAGAGAUUAGAAAUUUCACAAAAAUUAAGUUAACACCUUUACCAACAUGUCACAUGUUUAACGACUGCCAGUCAUGCUUACAAAAUGAUAUCAAAUUUACAUGUAAUUGGUGUCCUUCGCUAGCUAGGUGUUCAUCAGGUGUUGAUAGACGUCGUCAAGAAUGGAAUAAUCAUGGAUGCGAUAAGUCACAGUUAAGUGAUGUGAAGCAAUGUGUAGCAAAUCCAGAAUUCCCAGCAACUGAAAAACCAAAUAUAAGUAGCAGUAGUGUAGUUCCAAUUGUAACAAAGGAUAAGUCAUCAGAAGAGAGAUUAGCAUCGCCAGUGACUCAGCCUGAACAAAAAGCCAGUUCAGGUUUUGUGACUUCAAUUUGUGCUAUAUUUGCAAUUGUAGUUCUUGGAGUUUGUUGGAUAUUUUAUGCAUACACACAUCCGCACACAAGCAGUGGACAGUUCUUAAUUCAAUAUAGACCAAAUGCAUGGCGUUGGCGACGUGGAGAAGCACGAUAUACAGCAGCAACCAUUCACAUGUAGAUGCGUUAACAACAUAAGAAACAAACAAAAAUUCUCUCAUUUCUCACUUUCCUGUACUUAUAGUAAGUGUGUGUGGAUCAAUAUAGCAAAUAUGUGAUGACUUUAACGAUGUUGCAAUUUCAAAACUCAUUUUUUUAUACUUUUUUAUGUUGAAAUUUUAUUUUAUUACUUGGCGUAUUUUUAUAAAUUAAGAUAAAGAAAAAUCAUGGAAUCGCUCGUUACUCAGUCAAGAUAUUUUACACUACUCUCGAUAAUUUAUUUAUGCAUCGAAAACAUUCCACUUACCUCCAACAAUUUACCUUCAUUGCCAACGAUAUAAAGGGAAUAUAUGCUCAAAAUAGUAAACCAACCAGAACUUCCAUAAAUAAAUCAAACAUGCUUUAGAUUCCAUGAAUUUUCUUGAGUAAGGGUACACACCAUUCUCCUAUCAUACUGAUAUUUACGAAUAAUCAAAAAACAGAUAUAUAAAUUUUUGCAUGCUUUUAUACGAGAUAAGUGAGCAGGGAUGAUGUUUUAAAUUGCUUAGAAAGCUUAAUUAACAUGAAUUUGCGGAUUAAUUGCUUCGAAAAAUUCAACGGCUUUUUGAAAUUUAAAAAACUUUAAGAUCAAACAUUUUGAACUUUAAAUUUUGAAAAAGCCCUUAAAAUGUUCAAGUAAAAUCAAUCAUUUUUCAAUUUUAUAAUAUUUAAAAUCACUCAAAAACAUCCCUUGCACAGUCCUUACUGAAACAACAAAAUUAGAUUUAUGCACAUUUGUAAAAUUUUUGUUCGCAUAAAUUGUCUAGACUUAAAUGUAAGACUUUUAUUGUUUAAAUUAGCUACUAAAUUGGUCUGAUUUAUCACAAAAAAAAAACACUAUGUCCAUUCUUUAAGGAAAUACCAAUAAAUCUAUACAUAUGAAUAAUGAAUAAUAUUAAUAAAAAUGUAUUUAAAAUACUUCAAAAGAAAAAAAAACUAUUUUUUCACCAAAUAUAUUUGAAAUUACUUUGUGAUGAGAAGGUAUUGAACCAAAUUUGAUGGGCAUAAACUCAUUCACAAGACAGUUCUAAGAAUUAACUUGCAAUGGAAAAUAAAUAAAUAUUUUAUUAUGAUAAAUGGAAGGAUAAUUUUAUAUGAAAUAACUUAUGCCUAUAAUGACAACAAUAAAUGAAAUAAAUUUUUCAUAACAAACAA